AGAGCAAAAUUCAUGAAAACUUGAGUGAAACCACUCUGUUGUCACAAGUUCAUAAUGACCUUACUAACAACCUGGAUAUCAGCACCAACGGCAUUUCUUCUCUUAUAUUUUUGGAGAGCAAAGGUACAUGCUUCUGGAAACCCAUGGGAGGAGGAAAUAGAUUACACAUAUGUUAUUAUAGGAGUUACUCUGGGAGCAGCUCUAGCAAUCGGUUUUCUGGCAGUUUUAAUAUGCAUGAUCAAAGCCAAAAUGAUUGACAGCGUCUUUGGAGAGUCAGAUGGCAAAAUGGAUAGAAGGUCAAACUCGGGAUCAAGCCAAAACAGAUGACAGCAACGCAAUAAGAAACCAAAGUACAAGAGAUCAAUAACCCUUUUGCAAUCAACAGUUACCUGGUCUGAGG